AUGGCAAAUUCUACCAUGGUAACUGAAUUUCUCCUCCUGGGCUCGCCUGAUAGCUGGAAUCUGAGUUUCCUCUAUUUCACAGUAUUCCUGAUGAUCUAUCUGGGUACCUUGUUAGGGAAACUUAUCAGUGUCACUGUCACAACUGCUGACCAGAAUCUACAUAUGCCCAUGUAUUUCUUCCUCAGGAACCUGUCCAUUUUGGACAUGUGCUUCAUUUCUGUCACUGUCCCCAAUGCCUGUGUCAACUCUCUCAAUAUCAACUGGGUCAUUUCAGUGACUGGUUGUGCAACACAGAUCUUCUUGGCUUUUUGUGCAUUUGUAGAGAUUUUGAUUCUCUGCAUCAUGGCCUGGGACUGCUAUGUGGACAACUGCCAGCCCCUCCAGUAUCCCCUCAUCAUGAACACUCAGUAUUAUGUCCUCAUGUCCCUGGCUUCCCUGCUCAGUGGUCUGCUGUAUGCAGGUGUGCACACUGGGAACACAUUCCGGCUCUCCUGUCAGUCAAACGUGGUCCACCAGUUCUUCUGUGACAUCCCCUCUCUGCUGAGGCUCUCCUGCUCUGACACUACCAGCAACAACGUCCUUAUUCUUGUUUCUAUUAUAAUAGUUGGUGGUGGCUUAUUUGCUAUAAUAUUCAUGUCAUACAUUUGCAUAUUUUCUACUGUGCUAAAAUUUCCCACCAGUGCCCCAGGGAAGGCCUUCUUCACCUUCACCCCUCACAUCCUCAUGGUGUCCAUCUUCCUCUGUUCCAUCACAGCUGUGUACCUUAGGUCCUCAGCAACCUCUGACAUCCUCCAGGACAUGGUUCUCUCUGCCUUUUACACCGUGGUUCCUAUCUUCCUGAAUCCUCUCAUCUACAGUCUAAAAAGAAGCAGAUGCAAACAGGUAAAGGAAACUGUGAGAAGAGUGAUGCAAAGACAGUUGUUCUCAGGGAAAUGA